CCAAAUGCAACUGGCUGGGGGCAGUUCUCCCUCGAGCGCGACAUACACCGCCCUACCGCGCACAAAGACUCCCGAUUCAGCCUGACAGGAGGUGGCACCGCCGCACUGGCGGAAACAAAACUGUUUGUAUACCUCGACCUCGAACUGGACUUGGCUCGAUCGCUACUCCACUUCCGGGCCCUUCAUCUUCGACCUGAACCAUUCGCAUGUUCAUCCCAUACCUCACUCCCAGGAGUCCCCAGAAGGGCGGCGGUGGAGCAAAGGGUGGCGGCAGCUCCUCUUCAUCCUCCUCCUCUGGCGGCAAAGGGUCGUCAUCCUCGUCUAGUUCCGGCACCGGCAAGGGAACUUCGUCGUCCUCAUCAUCGGGCAAGACAUCACCCAUCUCGUCAUCCGGCGGCGCUCGUUCUGCAACGACUUACAACUUUGGGGGCGGCAAGUCCAGCACGAUCCCUUCCGGCCAAACCUUUGCGGGGCGCUCUCAGGGCGGCGCGAAUCGAAAUCAGAUCUGGGGGACCCGAACAUACGGUAGCGGGUAUCCCGGCAUAUAUUCGCGCGGAGUCGCGGGACGCGGGUUCCCGUUCUAUUUCUGGCCUGUUGUAUGGGGCUCCGGAGCGGGAUAUACAUCUGAAAAUGCGUACUUGCAUGACGGCGAGUACGGCGAUGCAACGAACUCCUCUCGGCCCGGCGGGCCUAUGGCCAGCGCGACAUUCCAAUCAAACUCGACGGCCUCGACAUUCCACCUGAUAGCUGACAAUACGACUGUCGGGGACCUCAUCUCUGCCAUCACCUCCAACUGCUCAUCGCACCUCGUCACGCCACUUCCCACAGGUCCGACACCACUUAACUCGUCAGGCUCAGGCUAUGCACCUGAGCAAGUCGUGCAAUACUACCGUGCGAGCUCAGUGGCGCUGACACUGGACGGGUACAACAAUUCGGCGGUCUUUGCAGCCGAGAACUCGACAGCAGACACACCGCUGCCUAGUGGGAUCGAUCCGACGCUGCUGGACUGCUUGAAUUCGACCAUCGGGCAGGCGACACCUCUGAUUGACGCGGGCAUCAUGUCCCGAGGGGCAGUCCCGCCGUUUGGGCUGUUGUUGUGCUUGAUUGUUUGGGUCCAGUGGCUACUCUGAGCUGCUGCAUAUGCUCCGUCAUGCUCUGAGAAUGACAUACACGAAUGAAUGUUUUCAUGUAAUCUCUCACUACCACACAUGCUGUACUGCUUAAUUGACACAUACCCACUCGCAUAACGCAUUUGCAACCAAAUACCAGCCUCCGUUCCAA